AUGUCAGGGAAGAAACCCAGAGAGUUGAACAUAAAGCUGCUAUGCCCCUCCCUCUCGAAGGUGGCUCAAGUGGUGGCGUGGGAGGACCAGAGAAUCGACUUGGGCUUCAUUUCACGGGCCUUUGGGCUGGACCCAUCAUCGCUGAGGCUGAACGGUCACUUCAUCAGCAGAGGGGUGGACCUCAUCGCUUCCUCCCUCACUUGGAACUCUGUUCUCUCUUUCUUCUCCGCCAAAGGCUUGUCCACUGGCAAAGAUCAAUGUGAUGCUCUUGUCGUCACUGGCAAGCUCUGCAAAAUUGGACUCAAGCGUAUGUCUAUUUGGCUUUCACUUUUUCCCUUUUUUUUUGAAAUUUUAAUGAUGUGUGGACGACAUGACUCACUAAAUUUUCAAAGUGGGAUUGGCAAGAUUAUGGAAAAUGAGAAUGCUGGUAACAUUAAAGGAAUUCAACCGGAAGCUAUCAACUUGUUCAAGAGUAAGAAGUUGAAAGAGAGCACCUCAGGUGAUAUUCUGAAUGGCCAAAGCUGCAAGAGAAAGCAACUAUUGGAAGAUGUCAACCUAUUCAAGAAGCUAAAAAUAAAUGAGGACAAGUCAGGCAAGUUCAGCAUUCAUUACAUUUUCUUCACCAAAGUGGCUAAACUUCUCUUGAUAUUCGAGAUAAAGUUGAUGAUCUCUGUGGCAGCAUUGCACGCAACCAGUUUACAUGCAGCUAUGCAAGUUGAAUCCCCUAGUGGCCGGACCUUUAACCCGGAAAGACAUACACUAAAAACACAGGUUGCAUCCCCUGUGGCCAGACUAUUUAAUCCGGAAAGAACUAGAAAAUUCAACCAUUUUCCCAGAAUCCAUUCUAAUGUCAUUGACAUCUUUGAGACUCCUACGGAAGCAGUGUCUACUGAUGUGAACACUUAA